UUUGGUCCCACUAAAAUGGAGUCAUCGAGUGUUAUUUGUUCAAGUAUUUUGGGAACAGAGAUUGCGUUGUAUAAGAAGGAAGCGGAGGUUCUUUCUAAAAUUCAUUCUGUGAUUUCUAAUGAGGGUAUUUUAAGUUGGAAAGAUUAUCGUAAUGAAAAUAAAAAGAUAGAAUCUUUAAAUGCAAAGUUUGAAUCAAUUUUUAUGGCUUAUCCACAGCUUGAAAAUACUAAUCUGAAUAUUAUGAAAUCAGCCUCUGUUUUAUUUUUAAGAAAAAAAGAGCACAGAAAAUAUCAAAAGAUUGCCCGGCUUGGCUUCCCCAAAAAUUUAGAGCUGUGUUUGAGUUUAUUGUAUGAAGAAAGAGGUUGAGAAAUAGAAAUUUAUAAAUUUCUGAAGAUUUUCACACAUAGCAAUAGUUCUAAACUUUCUAUCGUCUCAAAAUCCUCCAAACACUCAAAAAUCUCCUCUCAAGUAUUCACUAACCUCUCAAAAACAUUCCAAAACCCCCUAAAUCUCCUCUACCUCAACCACUUCAACCUCACCUCAACACAACUCUCCACAAUCCUAUCCAAAACAACGCACCUCAAGCAGCUAGUCCUCCUCAAAUGCGGCCUUCCCUACCUCCCCACCACCUCCACCCCCACUUCCACGACCACCUUAAAAGUCCUUGAGCUCAAACACCCUCACUCAAACCCCCCUUCCAGCCCCUUCAGCUCCUACAUCCUGCCCUCUGUGCUGAGAUUUAUCGCUAGAUCGGCUGCUUCAGAGUCCCUCUCUUCGAUCAGGUUCAAGGGUGAGGAAGAAGAGGGAGGGUUUUUGGAAGGUUUGAAGGGGUUACAAGUGGAAUGUGGGCUAGAGCAUGUACAGUUUAGGAAGUAUCAAGGAGGGUUAGGCAGGAGUUAUGUUGUUAAGUAAGGUGGUGGGGUUACUAUAAUUCUCUCAACUAAAUCUUCAAUC